GCUGAAGGGAAGUUAAGCUGUGAUGUUUCGUCCUCGGUGUUGAGUCAGAUCACGCGAUUUAAUUAAACCUUAUUGUUGUUCCUAAUGAAGUGAUUUCCAGGUUAAAUGUGUAUAUUACAGUGACAGCGCUGAAACAGAGACAAUGUUCGCUGCUGACGAUGAAGACGGAGAUUUUAUGUCUCCUACAGGAGGGGCGAAAUUAGCUUCUCUAUUCAGCUUGGACCAGACGCCCAGCAAGGUCAACGAGUCAUUCCAGUACAUGGCCCCCAAACAGCCUCGUAAGAGCUCAGGUCCAGCUGCUCAGAAAGCCGCUCCACCGACCGGGUCACCUGCUGUGCUCUUGGCCACGGCCGUUCACGCGUACAGAUAUGUUAAUGGACAGUAUGUGAAGCAAGGGAAGCUGGGAGCUGCGGUGUUAGGAAACCACGCAAGCAAAGAGUAUAAGCUGCUGCUGUACGUCAGCCAGCAGAAACCCGUGACGGCAGCCAGGAUUCACUCGGCCUUCUCCUUCACCGUCCAGCCCAGUAACUACUGCACUUUUUAUGACGACCAGAGACAGAACUGGUCUCUCAUGUUCGAGUCAGAGAAAGCAUCAACAGAUUUCUGCAAAGAGGUGUGUUUGGCUAAAGCGAACUGCUCUACUCCACUGGAGAUGCUGGUGACUCAGGACCUGCUUCUCGGGGAGGGGGAGGGUGUGGAGAACGGAGACUUUCUGGAGGUCGCCUACACCGGCUGGCUGCUGCAGAACCACAUCAUCGGCCAGAUGUUUGACUCUAAUCUAAAUAAGGACAAGCUUCUGAGAAUGAAGCUCGGGGCCGGAAAAGUCAUAAAGGGCUGGGAGGAGGGUAUGCUGAACAUGCGUAAAGGAGGACGGCGUCUCCUCGUGAUCCCCCCCGCUCUGGCGUACGGGUCACAGGGCGUCCCUGGCCGAGUCCCUGCAGACAGCACUUUGGUGUUUGAGGCAGAAAUUCGUAGGGUGAAGUUUGCUAAAGACGCUGGCUCUGAGAGGACAGCCGUGAGCUCCAGGGACACCGCCGUGCCCUCUCCUGCCCCCAGCGUGGAAAGUCUGGGGCCAGAUCUCACCUCAGCAGCCAGCAGAUCAGGUGAACCACCACUAAGAGCUAAAUCCAACUCACUGAGCGAGCAACUAGCAAAUCCGGAUGCAACUAAAGCCAAACUCAUUUCCCGCAUGGCCAAGAUGGGUCAGCCCAUGCUGCCCUUCAUCCACGGGCCGUCAUCGUCACCCUCGCAAGCCGAGUCCAGCGACUCUGAACUGGAGGACCCGAGUGUGCCCCGAUUGAAAGAGCGCCCCCCCGCACGCUCCCCUCAGCCGGUCCACCUCACCGCUGGUCCUUCAGCUUCGCUUCAGGCAACGGCUUUGAUGCCUGUUUCCAUGGCAACAGCCAAUCCGCAGCCUGUGAUGGCCGUGGCAGGUCAUGGCUUCCAGCCAUACUCUUACAGUCAGUCCACUACGGCUCCAUCUCACCUACAACAGGUGGGACAGAUUUACCCCUCACAGACCGUGCCUUACCAGGGAAGUGGUGAUGUCACGUCCUUUUUGAUGACGGAGGCCCGUCAGCACAACACCGAGAUCCGACUGGCUGUGGGCAAAGUGGGUGAUAAAGUGGACCAAUUAGCUGCCAAGGUGGAUGAGAUGCACAAGCAGGGUGGGCUUUCUCUGGGCUUGUCCAAUGUCUCCAUGGAACCGGCGAUGAUCAUGAACACCAUCCAACGCAUCAUCCAGGAAAACGAGUGCCUGAAGAAGGAGGUGUUUGAGAAGAGCUUGCGCAUCGAAGAGCAGAACCGCAAGAUCGGAGAACUCAUUAACCAAAACCAGAGGUACAUGGAGCAGAGUAACAUGCUGAUGGAGCAGCGGAACGACUCUCUGAAGAACUCUAGUGAGCACAACCAGGCGCGAAUCCUGCAGGCAGAACAGGAAAAGCAUGCAUUGCCACAGGACGUGGUUAUGACCCAGGUGAGGUUGACGGACGAGUUGGCCAGCUCUACAGCACGGGUGUCAGAGCUGCAGUUGGAGCUGACCGCACAGCGUCAGAAAGCAGCUUCUCUUCAGUCGAGCCUGAGCGCCGCCCUUCAGGAAGGACAGCAGCAUGGCGCGAAGCUCACAACUACAGAGAACCAGCUGCAGGAGAUGAAGGAGUCGGCAGAGCAGGCGCAGGUGCAGUACAGAGCCGAGAAGCAGAAGCGGAAGGAGGUGGAGCUGAAGCUGAGUAACCUGGACGAAGAGCUGCAGGACCUGAAGAGCGAGAAAGAGAGCUUGGAGCGAACUCUGUUGGACAGAAAGAGGAAAUGGCAGGCAGAGAGGCAGCGCUGUGAUGAGGAGUUGGAGGAGGUGAGGAAGACCAGUCAGAUGGAGAUGGACCAACUCCGGAGUCAACUUCGUAAAGCCAGAACCAACACAGACCAGGCAGCUGCUGAGCAGUUAGCACAGAUGCAGGCAGAUGUUGAGCGUGAGUGGCAGGCGAAGUGUGAGCGCGCUCUGGCUUCAGCACGAGAACAACAUACCAGACAGAUGAUUGAGCUCACAGAGCAAAGAGACACACUGCAGCUCAAACUCAGCCAGCUACAGGACAAGUUCUCUGCCAUCAAGCAGUCCCGAGAGGAGGAGGAGCAACGGUUACUACAGCAACAAGAUCAGGGGGAGGCACUUCAGGCCCUGAGAGAUAAGUGUUGUGAGUUGGAGAAGAGGGCGGAGUCACUGAGACAGCAUGGGGAGGCACGAGUUUCUGAGCUGGAGAGAAGACUGGCAGAGCAGCAGCAGCAGACAGACACCACGGGAGAGGUGAAGCGUGUGAUGAAUGGAGUGUUCCACUCUUUACGCGGUGAGUUUGAGCUCGAUGAGACGUACACCGGCAGUGCGGUCCUGGGUGUGUUGGUCAACACCAUUAAGAACGUCACCCUGAAGCUGCUUUCAAAAUCUGAACCGUCCGCAUCCGAAAACAAGGAGAAAGACGAGGAUGAGGGCGAAGAGGAGGAAGAGGAGGACAAGAGGAGUGAAAUCCAGUCAGAUGAGCAGGUGAACCAGGCCCAGGAGUUACAUAUGAAUGGAGAGAAAGAGGACGUGGAAGAGGAGGAGGAGGAAGAUGGCCAGGCGGAAGAGAACAAGAAGGAAGAGAAGGGUGAACAGGAAGUAGUCAGAGAUAAAGAAGAAGAGAAGGGUGAACAGGAAGUAGUCAGAGAUAAAGAAGAAGAGAAGGGUGAACAGGAAGUAGUCAGAGAUAAAGAAGAAGAGAAGGGUGAACAGGAAGUAGUCAGAGAUAAAGAAGAAGAGAAGGGUGAACAGGAAGCAGUCAGAGAUAAAGAAGAAGAGAAGGGUGAACAGGAGGUAGUCUGUGUUAAAGAGGAAACAAACGGUGACGAGGAAGUCGAAGGCGCUAUACAGGAAGCGAAAGGGACAGGAAAGGAAGCGGAUGACCUCGAAGCAGACGGCGAGGACAGACGAGAGCCCGUGCUGUCUGACAUCACAGCACAGAUUCAGACACAGAAUGACGUCACUCUCGAAGAAGAAGUGAACGCAGAUCCGCUGGGUGACAUCAUACCUGAAAAGGUAGUAGUGGCUAAGACUGAGAGCAUUGUAUGUACGUCAGAGGAUUCAGACCCGGACGAAACCGUUCACACCGGACCGCCGAAGAACCCACCACCACCCCCACAGUCUGCGGAAGAGGACGGCACAGAAACGGCAGCACAACCCAGCAGUCCAUCUGAGCGGGCAGACCAGGUGAACUCAGAGGAGCCAUUUUUCCAGAGUCCUGCCCUAAAUAAACCCCCACCACUACCAACCAGCGAAGAAGACGACGAGGAGGAGGAGCUGAGUUUAAAAGGACGGCCCCCUCCUGCCCCCCUGUUCGGAGACGACAGCGAUGACGACGAUCUGGACUGGCUGAGCUGACCUCACUCUCAUCCAAGAACCAAAACCACCAGCGCUGCCAGCGUCCAGGGCAAUAUUUCAUAUGGAGCGCAGACACCACGGAGACAGAACUUCGAAAGAGUGUUAAGAAUUGGCUAGACCUGAGUCUGAGGCUCCUCCCCUUUUGCCCAAAGUAUUCAUUGUUGAGAAAGCAGCACUUCCUGGACUUUUUGUUUUGUUUUUUUACAAAUAACCCAAUCACACAUUUAUCUCCAAAACCAGAAUUCAAUUGUAGCCUGAAACGUCACCAUGAAAUGAUUAGACACUUUUUAAAGAGGUUUUAAUUUGCCUGAACUCGAUUGUCUGAAUUACGGGUUCGGUGUAGGAGGGUAAUAACGGCUAUGGUGCUGUUGAAGGAUAGCUGCUGUACAGCUGCGUCUUAAGGUCUGUGUUCUUUACUAACAGAAAGACAUUUUAGAUUAACGCAUUAAAACUCGCACUGACUAAAAA